ACAGUGGCCAUGGCCAACUACUUUAAAGAAGCAUGUAGAUGUCCCAGCUGCCUGACUUAUUUUGAAAACCCCAUGACCCUGAAAUGUGGAUAUGUCUGCUGCCUGCAAUGCAUCAACUCGCUGCUGAAGGAGCCCGGUGGAGAGGGUUUAUUGUGCCCCUUCUGCUCCAUGGUUUCUCAGAAGAAGGAAAUCAGGCCCAAUUGCCAGCUUGGCAGGCUGGUGUCAAAGGUCAAGAAGUUAGAGCCCCAGCUCAGAAUGAUUCUGCAGAUGAACCCAAGGAUACGGAAGUUCCAAGUGCAGAUGACCUUGGAUACUGACACAGCAAACAAGUAUCUCGUCAUUUCCAAGGACCUGAGACAGGUCCGAUGUGGGUGUUUCGAGCAGAAGUGGAGGGCUCAUUCCGAGAGAUUCAACUAUGCAGUGUGUGUCCUGGGCUCCUCUCGGUUCACCUCCGGCCGCCACUACUGGGAGGUGGAGGUGGGGACAAGCAAAGAAUGGGACGUGGGCAUUUGCAAAGAAUCUGUUAAUCGACAAGGGAUAAUUCUGCUGUCUUCAGAACUUGGCUUCUGGACUGUGGGCUUGAGAAGCACAGGUAUCUUCUCCGCCAGCACCGUGCCUUUGACUGUUCUUAUCAUUAACCCUCGCCUUCAUCGAGUGGGGAUCUUCCUGGAUAUGAAUAUGGGAACCAUUUCCUUUUAUCACGUUGGUGAUGGGUCCCAUAUUUUUACAUUCCCUAGAAUUUCCACUGCAGAGCCACUGCGUCCAUUUUUUGCUCCUGCAAAUCCAAUUAAGGAUGAUGAAGGUUUCUUGAGAAUCUGUCCUGUGAUGAAUCCAGGCAUUGCCAGUCUCCCAGAGAUUCCUGGGUGGGGCCAAUGA